AUGCAGCCUUUCAUCGACAAGCUCGUCAAGGAUAACUGGCUAGACACUGCAGACAGCCUUCGCGCUCUCUCGGCCUCUCAGUGGACGCAGCUUCAACUCCCUUUGCGGCUGGAGGAACUCCUCAAAAAGAAAUUAAACGCAUCUCCGGCACCCGCCCCUCCUGUCGCUUCUUCCUCUGCCUCCUCUGCUCUUUCUUCUUCUCCUUCGUCCUCGUCUCCUCCCGCGCCGGCAACCACCUUCCCUUCCUCUUCCGCGUCGAGCGAAGAACAAGUUUCUAAUUCGUACAGAGGGAAGGAGGCGGAGGCAGAUCUCUCGAAGAAGCGAGAUUCAGAUGUUUUUGAAGAAGAGGACUUCGCAGUUGUUUAUGCAGCAGUCACGGACGAAUCAAUCUUUCCUGUCCCGCUCACGGAAGCGAUCGAAAAGCUUCAGCUCGACGUCCCGCGAGAAGCGUUGGCGGGGGUGCUGCGUACUCUCUUCACUGUCAUCGACGGCGUUCUUGCACAACCUUCGAAUCCUAAGAAGAGGCGGCUGAGGAAGGCAAAUCCUUCCUUCCACAAUCAAGUGGGACGAUUUCGCGCGGCAGUGAGAGUGAUGGAAGCUGCAGGUUUCUGCGAGGGAAAAAUGCGCGAUCCUACUUCGGGCGAUUUGGACGAGUUUUUUGUCAUGGAUACGGCCUACGUGAUGCGAUUGACCGACGCCCAUCACCUCCUCGCGCAACUGGCAACGCACGCAGGCGUUCCCGUACCGCCUCUCCCGUCCACAGGGUUCAAUCCCUACAGCUCCUCCAUCGUCUCGGCGUCAGGCACCUCUCUCAGCCAGGUGGCCGGGAAGCACGGACAGAUGAGGAAGAUGGAGAACGCGCAGCUGAAGGAGAAGAUCAAACAGCGCGAACAGCUCCUCCAGACUGGAGGAGGCGAACAAGUUCCCUUGGCUCCUGCGGUGUAUGCCUUGGAGGAGCUGCGGCAGCGCGAGAAAGCAGACAGGCGUUUACUCGCCCAACAGUCUGACUUCGACGGCGACCCUCCUUCAGGCGACAAGCCCAGCCUCACCGCGGCCGAUAUUGCUCGGAUCAAGGAGAUCAUGGGAGACGGCCCGUCUUUUCGGUCGCGCAUGCAGCAGCAGUUGGAGCAGCUGGAGAAACGGAAAGUCUUCAAAAGCUGCACAGUUCGCGUCCUUCUUCCCGACCGAGCUGUUCUCCAGCUCUCCUUCGCGCCUCAUCAAACCCUGCGAUUCGUCCGUGAACAAGUUGAACAGUUCCUCCAUCCUGAUCUUCGAAGUCCGACACCGGGCACUAAGGCGUCCACAGCUGAAGAGCCUCCUUUCCGCAGAUGGUUUCUCGGCGAGACGCCGCCCCUGAGGAAAGUCGAAUUGAACAAAACACUCUAUCAGGAAGGCUUCGUUCCCAACUGCACGCUCCAUCUCAAACUUCCAGACGCCUGCCCUCGCUUCCCGCAUCCGUUCCUCGACCCGGAGACUCUCCAACGACACAACUUGCAGCCUCCAGUCCUCUCUCUCUCUCCUUCUUCUUCCUCCUCUUCUUUCCCUUCCUCUUCUUCCCCUUCCUCUUCUUUCCCUUCCUCUCCUCCCUCUUCUUCCUCUUCCUCUUCUUUCUCCGCGCCCACUGACGCCAGUGCUGGGUUACGAACGGGACGUUACGAACCAGUGCAGGAAGGAAGCGAAGGCUCUCUUUCUGUGCAGCCGGGCCAAAGAGGAGACACCCAGGAAAGCUGUCCAGGUUCCGGGAGCGGAGAAGAGAGGCGCUUGUCUUCGGUUUCCUCGGGGUUUUCCGGCGGGAAAGCGGAGGAGUCGCAGGGCGGCGAGCAGAGCACAUUGACGAAGAAGACGUCUUUCACGAGAAAUCUCUUUAGGCGCAAGUAG